AUGAAGUUAGAUAUAUCGUGUUUUAGUUUUCUAUCAAAAAAUGAAUAUCGUGUUCUGACGGCUAUUGAGAUGGGAAUGAAAAAUCAUGAAUAUUUGCCAGUUUCCUUAAUAGCAACGAUAGCCAAUUUGAGAAAAGAAGGAAUAACAAAUGUUUUAAAAAAAUUAUUAAAAAAUAAAUUAAUAAGUCAUCAAAAUAAAAAAUAUGAUGGAUACAAAUUGACAUAUUUAGGUUAUGAUUUUCUGGCACUCCGAACCUUUUUAAAAAGAGGAAUAUUAAAAAGUAUAGGUAAUCAAAUUGGGGUUGGAAAGGAAUCAGAUAUAUAUAUAUGUAAAGAUAUAAAUGAAAAUUUAUUAUGUUUAAAAAUUCAUAGAUUAGGUAGAAUAUCAUUUAGAACUAUUAAAAAUAAUAGGGAUUAUUAUGGAAAAAAAACUUUUAGAAAUUGGUUAUAUUUAUCAAAAAUUGCAGCAACUAAAGAAUAUGCUUAUUUAAAAGCAUUAUAUGAGAAUGACUUUCCUGUCCCCAAACCAUAUGAUAUCAAUAGACAUAUGAUUAUAAUGUCAUAUGUAAAUGGAUAUCCAUUAUCUCAUGUUAAAUUAAGUAAUCCUUUUAAAGUUAUAGAUUUUUUAAUAAAUACAAUCGUAAAAUUUGCAAAAGCAGAUAUUAUUCAUGGUGAUUUUAAUGAAUUCAAUAUCUUAAUUGAUGAUUAUGAAAAUGUAACUAUUAUUGAUUUUCCACAAAUUGUGUCACUACAUCAUGAAAACGCUAAAAUGUAUUUUGAAAGGGAUCUUAAGUGUGUUAUAAACCAUUUUUUUAAAAAGUAUAAAAUAAAAAUUAUAGAAUAUCCUUUUUAUGAAGAUGUUAUUUCAUUAAAUAAUGAUAAAUUAAUCAUUGACGAAAAUAACUUAUCAAAAAAUGAAGAUAAAAUGCUUUUAGAAAUUUUACAAAAUGAUAAAUCAGAUUAUGAUUCUGAUUAUUCAAACAUAUCUAACCAAUCAAAUAUUAAUCAAAUAGUACAUUCAGAAGGUGACGAAAUGAAUAUCUCAUAUAAUAAUAGAGAAAUAGACGAAUAUAAUGAGGAAGAAACAGAAAUAAAAAAAAAUAAUGUAAUUGAAAAAAAGAAAGAAAAAGUUGAAAAUAUGAAAAAAGAAAGUAAUGAAGUAGAUCAUAAUAAUAUUAUAUUCUAUGAUAGUCAUGAAACAUUAGAGAAUAAUUUUAAAGAUGCUUAUGAAAAUGAUGAAAAUAAAAAAAAGAAAAAUAUAAAAAUAGAGAAAAGAGAAGAUUUAAUGGAAAAUAUUAUAAAAGAAGAUUUUCAAAAUGAAAAAAUAAUGAAAAUGAUGAAUGAUGAAAGUAAAAAAAAGGAUCUAAAAAGUGAUGAAAAAAAUAUUAUUUGUGAAAAAGAAAUAGUUAAUUGUGAAAAAAGUUAUGAAAAUGAAGAAAAUUAUGAAAAUGAAGAAAAUUAUGAAAAUGAAGAAAAUUAUGAAAAUGAAGAAAAUUGUGAAAAUGAAGAAAAUUGUGAAAAUGAAGAAAGUUACGAAAAUGAAGAGAGUUACGAAAAUGAAGAAAAUGAUGAAAUUGAAGAAAAUGAUGAAAAUGAAGAAAAUUGUGAAAAUGAAGAAAGUUACGAAAAUGAAGAAAAUGAUGAAAUUGAAGAAAAUGAUGAAAAUGAAGAGAGUUACGAAAAUGAAGAAAAUGAUGAAAAUGAAGAAAGUUACGAAAAUGAAGAGAGUUACGAAAAUGAAGAAAAUGAUGAAAAUGAAGGAAAAGAAAAUAAUAAUGAUAAAGAAAAUUCUUUUGAAGUUAAGAAAAAAGAGAAUUAUCAUAAAGAAAUUAAAAGAGAUAAUAAAUUGAAGGAUCUAAAAAAGAGUAAUAGUAACAGUAAUAGUAUUUCAUAUAAUGACAUUAUCUGUGUAAGUACUAAUGAAUCAAAUGAAAGUGAUACAACAGAAUAUUCUAGUUGUAAUUCAAAUAACAAUUUUUUAGAAGAUAAAACAAAAAAACUAUCUGAUUCAUGGAAACCUCACUUAAGAAAAUACACAAAAGAAUAUGUAAAAAAUAAGUUAAAAUAUAUGUAUAGAAAAAAAAAAAGUAAAGAAAAGUACAAAGAAAAUUUGAAAACUAAAAAUAAAAAAAAAAUUAUGGAGAAAAUUAAAAACUACUUAUAA